UAUCUCAAAUCUGGCCUGAGAUUUAUUGUAUUAGCUUCAAGCUUGUUGAUCAAGACCGAUCUUGUAAAAAAAAACCCUAAAAUCAGGCCUGGGAUUUAUCCAAAUUAUAACAACACGAUUUUAAAACAAUGUUCAAGUUUUAACUUUGUUUUAGUUUGGAUCAGAUCUUCAAGAACCCGCGCAGUUUGGAACGAUCUGUGUUCUUUAAAUACAAUUGAAUGUGUUCUGUUUAGAUUCUGAUCGGUUGUAAACAAAGGGCAUUGUGCAUUAUUUGAAUUAAAUACUUUUUAAAUCUAUAAUUAAUCUUUAAUCCCCCCCCCCCCCGCCAUUUCGUGCUAUGGAUUGUUGCUGACUCCACGCGAUGUCAGACAGUCCCAAGCCCCGGCUGGUAUCUUUAUCACAUCGGAAACUGCCUCUCACCCCCUUCGGGUGUUUAUGGAUCCCGUGCAGUAACCGAUUCGUCUGCCUGGGGACCGACUCCGGCUCUGGGGCACCAGGUCGGGGAAUCAUCGGCGUGUACGAGACAACCAGCGGAGAGAUCAAAGACAUACACACGAUCGAAAAGCCCAGAGCUUUCAGGUGUGGGACAUUUGGAGCCACCAGUCUACAGCAGAGGCACCUGGCAACAGGAGACUUUGAAGGCAAUCUUCACAUCUGGAACUUGGAAGCAUCUGAAACUCCCCUCUACUCAGCCAAAGCACAUCAAGAAAUCAUUAACUGUAUUGAUGGUGUGGGUGGGCUUGAAAAUGGACAUGGGGCCCCAGAGAUUGUCACUGGCAGCAGGGAUGGUACAGUGAAGGUCUGGGAUUCAAGGCAAAAGGACCUUCCUGUGGCCAACAUGGAGCCUGCAGUAGGAUUCAACAGGAGAGAUUGUUGGACAGUUGCUUUUGGCCACUCAUGCACCCAGUGGGACCGCUGUGUUUGUGCUGGAUAUGACAAUGGGGAUAUUAAACUAUUUGACUUACGAAACAUGGAAGUGCGAUGGGAGACAAACGUCAAGAGUGGGGUUUGCUGUGUAGAGUUUGAUGGAAAGGACAUAAGUUUGAACAAACUGGUGGCAACAACGUUGGAAGGAAGGGUCCAUGUCUUCAAUAUGCAGAAGUAUCACAGAAACAGUGGCUUUACCUGUCGGAGUGAGAAGCCAUACAAAUUUACAGCUUGGGUGGUGCGGCAUUUGCCUCAAAAUCAAAAUAUCUUCAUAACAAGUGGAGGAGCCGGCUGCCUUCACCUGUGGAAACAUGAAUCUUUAACGAUGCUUGAUAGAAGUGACCAUGAGCCAGACGACAAGAUUUCAACAUGUACCACCACACUGCUGAACAACAUCUCCCUCUCAUCUCAACCCAUUGGUAGCCUGGAUUGGAAUGCUGAUAAGCAAGGACUCUGUAUCUCUGCAUCCUUUGAUCAUAAUGUUCACAUCCUCAUGAUCACAGAGCAGCAGAGUUUCUGAACACACCAGUGAAGAGCACAGGAGCUGAGGACAGAAUGGAAUCAUUGUCAAUGCUUGAAAUUUCACACCAGUCAAUGGACACACCAAGAGUUUAUUAGGGAAAAAACACUCUCAGGACAUGACAAAGUAGUAAUGUUAUGUUAGGGUUUAUACUGUAAUAAAAAAGUUGAAUUAUU